AUGUUGAGCGUUGCACAAAUUAAUGUAAGAUCGUUACAUAAUAAUUUUGAUUUGCUAAAAGAUCACUUACAAAACAAAAACUAUGAUAUCUUAGGUGUUACUGAAACUUGGUUAAACGGUGAUAUAAGUGAUGAAGUUUCUGAAAUCAAUAAUUAUACAUUUAUUAGACAAGAUCGUUUGCUGAAUGCUGGAGGAGUUGGUAUUUAUAUAAAAAAUGGCUUACAUUUCUCCGUAAUCUUACAAGAAUGUAAGCCCUUCAUUGAGCAUAUUUGGAUAAAAAUCACCCAAAAUCAUAAUGUAUUAAUAAUGGGAAUUAUUUACAGGCCGCCAGGCUCAAGUCAUAGAGAAUUCUUGGAUUAUUUCGAGGAUCUUUUACCACAGUUUUACGCUCAAUCGGGUAAAAUUGUGUUCUUGGGUGAUUUUAAUAUAGACCAAUUAGACGUUAACUUUUCUUACACUUCCCAACUUAAUAAUAUAUUUGAGUCUUUUGACAUAAAACAGUUAGUUAAUGAACCAACUCGUGUGACUGACAGAACAUCUACUUUAAUUGAUUUAAUAUGUUCAAGUUUUGAUGGUGUUUUUGAUGUGGAGAACUUAGAUAUCAAUAUCUCCGACCACUUUCUCACAUGCUGUAAAAUUAAGUUUGAUAAGCCUCCGCCAAAUAAUGUUUCAUUUACAUACAGAGCAUUAAGUCGCAUUAAUUUCGAAGAGUUUCAACGGGAUCUUGAGGGUGCAUCCUUGCACAACCUAUAUUUAAUUAAUGAUAUUGAUGAAAAAGUGACAUUUCUUACAAAUACAUUACUCGGUAUUUUUGAUAAGCAUGCCCCCUUAAGAACUUGUACAAAUAAGCAAAAACCAUAUUGCCCCUGGAUUACAGACAAUAUACGACUUAUGCAAAAAAUGCGAAACCAAGCUCUAAAUAGAUAUCGUCGUAGUAGGAAUCCGGAACAUUGGAAUUACUACAAACAGAUUAGGAACUUAACUACUUCUACUAUUAGACGUGAAAAAAAGAUUUAUUUAAACAAUAAACUUCAAAACUGCAACGUAAAAGAAAAGUGGAAUGAGCUUAGGAAGAUUAAUGUACUUAACAGAAAACAAAAUCAUAUUCCAGAUAAUCUUAAAGACGUUAAUAAACUUAAUCAACAUUUUACAGCGGCUUGUUCAAUUAAUCAACAACCCAGCACUCAAAGGAGGGGAGCCCUUAUUGGUGCAAUGGUGAAGACAAAAACCCCCUAA